AUGUGCAAUCCUUCUGGUUAUCCCAAACCAGAAUCAGUGUAUUGGAGUUUCUCCGCCCUCACUGUGGACCAAAUGGAGGACAACAAUGCAAUCGCUGCCGCUGUAAAUCAGCUUGGUCCGUUAGAUACAAACAAAAGUCAUUAUGAGCAACAAACUAGUGAAGGCGGUGUGCCGAAUGAUACUCUUCGUUUCUCUCAGCUGCUGAUGAAAGACAAUGGACUUUAUGCGUGCAACGCAAGCAACAUAUAUGGAUCAGACCUGACAUAUGUGUUGGUGAAUGUAAAAGAUCGCUGGGCUGCUUUGUGGCCAUUUAUUGGGAUUGUAAUUGAAGUUACUGUUCUGGUCACGGCCAUCUUGUUGUACGAACGCCAUCAAAUGCGUUCGAAACCGAACAAAUUGGACGUUAACACAGGACCUCAAGACGCAGCUUCCCCGUCCGCCAAACUCCGGUCAGCCGCAGUGGUUCAACAACAGCAUAAUUCAACAGCCACAGGUGCGGUGCAUGAUGCUGAUGCAAAUAAAAACAAUCUCGUCGAACCACUGUGA